AUGCAUUUGAAUAUUGUGAAGUUAGGCUUCCUUGCCGGCACGGCACUCAGCUUGCCUGCAGUUGCCAAUCCUCUCCACGCCCGGGAUGAUGCUGCUACCUCUUCUGCCUGGCAAUCUUGGGAUUCCUAUGGUGGGGGUGGAAGUGGUGGUGGUAGUACAGAUGUCAAUCCUGUCGGUUCUGGAUGCUUGUCUACUGUCUAUACUACAGUAACCAGGGUUCAGCCGGGCUCGUGCCCUUCAUUGACUCCUGUUGGUCCUGGAGGAACCAAUCCUGGUUCAACCGUCACCGUCACCCUUCCAGGUCCUGGCCCUUCGACGGUCACUGUGAGCAUCCCAGGGCCCACGGUAACUGAAGAUGGUGGCGUUAGAACCACGACUUUGACCGUUCCUGGCCCAGGUUUUACGACCACAAUCGCUGGCCCAGGGCAAAUAUUCACCUCAACCGUAACUCAAGCCGGUCCUCCUGUUACUGUAACUCGGGAUGGCGGAGAACGCACAAUCACACAGACCAUCACUCAGGGAGGUCCUCCGGUCACUAUAACUCAGACUCAAACGGUUACACAGGGAGGCCCGCCAUCUACCAUCACUAGCACAGUAAUUCUGCCCGGACCUGGAUCGACUACAACCAUCACUCAAGGAGGACCACCGGUAACUCUUACGCAAACGGUGACUCAAGGAGGGCCUGGAUCCACGGUGACAGUCACUCAGGGAGGUCCUGCGAAUACUAUUACUAGCACGGUAACUCAAGCUGGACCUGGAUCUACUGUAACCGUCACCCAAGGAGGACCUGCAAAUACUAUUACUCGUACGGUAACCCAAGCUGGACCUGGAACAACCCAGACUGUUACCAUUCCUGGCCCUGCUCAAACAGUGACAAUCCCCGGUCCCGCACGAACAGAAACGAUGACGCUCCCUGGACAGACUCAAACUCAGACGGUAACCCGACAAGGUCCUGCUCAGACUGUAACGAUCACCCAACCUGGCGGUCCUGCUCAAACGGUGACGAUUCCGGGACCUGGACGAACAGAGACUGUGACGCUACCCGGCCAAGUUCAAACUCAGACAGUCACUCGACAAGGGCCUACUCAAACCGUGACUGUGACCCAACCCGGAGGUCCGGGUCAAAAUGUUACCAUUACUCAACCAGGAGGUCCAGCUCAAACAGUAACAAUCACACAACCAGGAGGUCCAGCUCAAACUGUUACCAUUACUCAACCAGGAGGUCCAGCACAGACCGUAACAAUCACCCAACCUGGAGGUCCUGGGCAGACAAUCACGAUCACACAACCUGGAGGUCCAGCACAAACUGUGACUAUAACUCAACCUGGUCCAGGUCAGACAUUGACAGUAACUCGACCCGGAGAGACAGUGACAAUUACCCAGCCUGGUGGAGGCCCUGCUCAGACUGUGACGGUGACUCGACCUGGUCCAGCUCAAACCAUUACCAUAACUCAACCUGGUGGAGGUCUAGCUCAGACUGUCACUAUUACUCAACCCGGAGGUGGCCCAGCUCAGACUGUGACAGUAACUCAACCCGGAGGAGGUCCAGCACAAACCGUGACCGUGACUCGCCCUGGAGAUGUUGUGACAAUUACUCAACCAGGUGGUCCAGCACAAACCGUAACAAUUACGCAACCAGGUCCAGGACAAACUGAGACCAUCACUCGCCCAGGUCCUGCACAAACCGUGACCUUUACUCAGCCAGGAGACAUCGAAACUCAAACUCAAACCCGCACGAUUACUCUCCCAGGGCCUGGCCCAGUUACUUCCACAUUAACACUGACCAACACGAUCACUCGAGAAGGGCCGACAACAACGACCACCACCACAGCAACAGCUACAGUGGUUGACACCAAAUCUUGCACUCAAGUUGGACCGACUGGAGGCGGCGGUGGCGGUGUCACCGGCACGACCUGGGGAGAUUGGCCGGCGGCAACGGCAACGGUAACUUCGAGCGGAAGGUACAGAUUCUGGCCCUGA